AUUUUUCCUGUGACAAAGCCAGAUGAUCAAAAGAUUUUCCAGCCGUGUUGGAAUUCUUCAAGAAAGCACAGGAAAACUAACUGCACAAUAGUGAAAUAAUAUUGGAGUAGUAUGGAAGUACAAGAAACUGUUCAGGGGACUGCUCUAUUAUUAACAUUGUUCUAAUAACUAAGAAAAUAUCCUGGAUUUUAAAGAAGAGACUCCAUCAAGAAAAGAUUCACUCUGACUGUAUCCUGGUUACUUUGUUUCAAAUCCUGGUUUCAUCCACCAGGGUUUCUGGCUGGAAUGUAAUCCUUCAGCAUCCUUUCAACUUCCACUGAUUUUCUUGUCUUACACUGGAAAAGAAAGUGCCAUUUUUGAAACACAGGUGCCAAGUAACUUUUCAUAUCAAAAAUAUGGUGAUUUCCAAGAGGGACUGUUCUUCUUGUGGAAAUAAAGGAGCAAUUGCCGCUUUGAUCAGUGCUGUGGCAGUGACUUCUCUUUGCAUAGCUUUCAUGGUGUCUCUAGAAGUCAGAAAACAAUCUUUAGAAGACCUGGCACCAAGGCCAUCCUUUUAUUCAGGUGGAGAUGUAUUAGAUUAUUUGCUUAAUCUGGGGAGAAUAGACAGAAAAGAUGGAUUGUUGGUCACAUGGUAUCAUGCUGCAAAUAGUAAGAGUGACAUGGAAGAGGCCUUAAAAGCUGAUGUCAUGGCCCUGGAAUCUGAUGUCACCCUUGAAGGAUACAAUACACCCAAUGAGACAGAGAAGCCCAUUAUGGCCCACCCUCCUGACAUCUACAGUGAUAAUACUCUUCAGGAUUGACUGAAGGCAGUGCUUGGGUUAUCCAAUAAAGUGAUCAAGCUGGAUUUCAAAAACAUCAGGACAGUGGGCCCAUCUCUGGAUAUCUUAGUAAGAGCAUCUUCUGAGUUGAAUAUCGACCAACCUGUGUGGCUAAAUGCAGAUAUUCUGAAAGGCCCAAAUGUUCCUUUUGAUAUUGCAGUUAAUGCAAGCCAAUUCCUGACUCUCAUUCAGGAGAGGUUUCCAAACUGCACUAUCUCCCCAGGAUGGGUCACCCUCUAUUUACCUCAUUUUCCAAACAAGACCUAUACACAGAAUAUGGUUGAGGAAAUGCAUACCCUUGUGGGAAAACUGCCUCAGCAAAUCACCUUCCCUGUAAGAGCUGUCAUGGCAAAACCAGCCUGGACUCAUUUGAGCUGGCUUCUGAGUCAAUCAAAAAGGUAUAGUCUGACCUUGUGGCAAGGGAAGACUGAUCCAGUUAGAGUGGAGGAUCUCCUGUUUAUUCGAAACAACAGCAAACCUGGACAAAUCUAUUAUGACCUUUAUGAACCUAUUUUGUCUCAAUUCAAAAAAAUGGCACGUGAGUAUAAAAAUUGUACUUUUUAAAAUAACAAGCUUCAGGGUCUCCAACAAAAUAAAAACUUCUUAUAUGGCAAGAACUUAUUUGCACUUCAUAUAAUCAAACAGUAUCACCCAUUUUCCCUCUUCCAGGCAGUUGAUAAAAAAAGCUUUGCAGUAACAUU